ACACAACCACGACAAUCUGGCACCAAGAGUCACUUAAAAUGUCAAAGUAAUUGUAAAAACAUGGAAAUGGAAAGAUUGGGAAAUGGUAAAUUGUGAGUGAUGUCGAUAUUACUGCAGCGCCGGCUUCGCGUCCGCUGACGCAUGGCGAAGACUGUCAGCAGCUUCAAUGCCAACUGUAACCUGAGUGAGUCGUACUUGGAAGACGCUGCCAAAUGGCUGAGCUGCAACGGCGAGGUGUGGGGCGUGGGGCCCACGGCCCUGUUCGCGGCCGCGGCCGCGCUCUUCCUGCACCACGAGCUGCAGGCCUCGCUGUUUGGCCCCGGGGACCAUCCGAAUGUGACAGUGCUGGAGCACAUUCUCGUGUCCGCUAUGGUGGUGGGAACGCUGGCGCUGAUGGUGCACAUCUGGGUGUGUCUGAUGCGGUUCUUCCAGUACUACCUCGAUACCCUGAUUAGAGAUAGCCCAAACGUCCUACUGGAAAUGACGACCGCGGGCCUGCUGGGGUCCUCGCAGCCAGAGCUGGCAGCCCUCGGCCCGCUGACCCGGUUCCUCCGGCAGCAGCAGCCUCAGAUCCACAUCACGCUCUGCUGGCUGCUGGCGCUGUGCUACGCCGACUACAUCAGGAAGCAUUACAGCACGAGAUUCAACAUGCCGUAUUUGGAACAGUGGCAAGCGGAACUGCACGCGAUGGCGGAACGGCGCGCUCGCGGCGCUCUGUCGGCAGCGCACAGUUUCGCUGCGGGAGUGCGUCUGCGGCUCCGGGGCCUUGCACCACCGCCGUCAACUAACGAGGCCCAUACUAUCACGUCGGACCAAAGCUCGCGGACUGCCCUCAGCAGAUGCGGUAGCUCAGCGCUGGGCGGCCGUUGCCGAGCCAGCGAGGCCGAGGUCUGCGUGUACAACGAACGUACACCCAUCGACCCCGAGGACUUACAGAGACUUAGAGCGUAUAUCAAGGCGACGCGGUGCGCAUGCGGCGGCGCCGGGACGUGCAGCACACGAACAUGUUCGGUCACUCCGACACGCACGCCCCCUACACUUGCGUCUGCAGUGCAGUCGGCCAGCCAGUCGUGUGGCGUCCGCUCCAACACUACAGUGUCCUUCGCACCAUCCAACACUACAGUGUCCUUCGCACAGUCUCUCGAGCGGAGACGGAGCAGCAUAUGGUAA